AAAUUAGAAUAUUGGGUUUGUGGAAUAUAAAUACAGCCGCAAAAUAGAAUGAUAUCACAGUGAGAGAAGUCGUGCAGUCAAACAAUGAAGUCUCUCAGUUGGUGCCUUCUAGUGGUAGUAGCUGUUUCGGUGACAUCAGCAGCAUUACUGAAUGAUGCAAGAGUUGAACGAGAUGCCUCAUCCACAACACCUGGUCUUUCUCUGAGAACACAACAACAAGACAUGCCAGUUAAUGCACGAGUUGAACGAGAUGCCUCAUCCACAACACCUGGCUUUCCUUUUAAAUCCCACCAACAUGACAUGUUGUCAGAAAGCAUGCCAGUUAAUGCAAGAGUUGAACGAGAUGCCUCAUCCACAACACCUGGCUUUCCUUUUAAAUCCCACCAACAUGACAUGUUGUCAGAAAGCAUGCCAGUUAAUGCAAGAGUUGAACGAGAUGCAUCAUCCACAACACCUGGCUUUCCUUUCAAAUCCCACCAACAUGACAUGUUGUCAGAAAGCAUGCCAGUUAUUGCAAGAGUUGAACGAGAUGCCUCAUCCACAACACCUGGCUUUCCUUUCAAAACUAAUCAACGAGUUGCAUUGAAGCGUGCAAAGAGGUCAACAAUAUUUCCUAUUGAUGGGAUAGUUGAACGAGUUGCAAUUUUCCCAGUUCAUGAAAAAACUAAGAGAGUUGUCAGAGAGUCUUCUGAAGAGGACGACUCAUGCAAAAAAAUGAAACCAGAACAUGGGGCUAAGAUGUGCUGCGAAUUGCCUUCAGUAUUCCGGGGUUCACCAGAGAUAUUCAAGGCUUGCAGAGAAGAAUUGGGACUCCCCGAUCAUAAACCCCCUCCUCCCGCACCAUCAACAGAAGGAAACGGGAAACCUCCACAUCAUGGAGGACCUCCGCAUCACCGUGGCAAGGGGUGCAUUGCUGAGUGUCUUUUCAACAAAACUGGUUUAUUGGAGGGUGGAAAACUGAAUAAGGAAGCUCUACAGAAAUCGCUAGACGAACAUUUGAAGACUGAUGAUGCAUGGAAGGCAGUUGCCACCUCUACCCUUGAUAAGUGUUAUGAUGAUGUUCAAACUAAGGACUUCAAGCCAGACAAUGAGAAAUUUACUUCUGGAUCAUCUGAAUUUAUGAGAUGCUUCAGUAGAGGCUUAUUCAUGGACUGUAUUCCAUCAAAAUGGACUGAUUCGGAUGAAUGCAGCAAAACAAAGGAGACUCUUGAAAAAUGCCCCAUGAUGUUGCCUCCAGGUUUAUUUAACAAAGGACAUCACUAGUACAACUAUAAAAAUAGCUUGCCAUUCUUGCUUAUAUCACAUGGAAAAAGUUGUGAAAUUAAAAAAAUAUUCAAUUCAUUUGUAAAACAAAAAUAAUAGUAUACUCUUUCUUUUUUAUCACAAAUAAAAGCAUUAUUUCACCGUA